AAGAUCAACACAUAUUACCUAAGUCAGUGGUGAAGAUCCAACUUUUCGGAUCCAUCAUGGAUGAAACACAAACAUCUGGAGAUGAAGAUUUUAUUCCAAGACACAGUUUAGUUCAUCAGAAAAUAUCAGAACAGGAGCCCCGCUGUGUGUCUAUGAAGAGUGACUGGUCUAUGGGCGAGCCAAUAAAUCUGAGUGGAGAUUCACAGUCUGGUCUCAGCAAUGAAGUCCUCAACUCAUUUAAAUCAAAUUUGAAAAAGACGUUUGAGCGCCUGUAUGAGGGAACAGCGACACAGGGAAACCCAAUGCUGCUGAAUGAGAUCUACACAGAGCUCUACAUCACAGAGAGUGAGAAUGGAGAGAUCAAUAAUGAGCAUAAGGUGAGACAGAUUGAGACACAAUCCAGGAGAGCAGCAACAGAGGACAGAGUGAUCAAAUGCAGUGACAUCUUUAGACCUUUACCUGGACAAAACAAACCCAUCAGAACUGUGCUGACAAAGGGAGUCGCUGGCAUUGAAAAAACAGUCUCUGUGCAGAAGUUCAUCCUGGACUGGGCUGAAGGAAAAGAGAAUCAGGACGUCCGACUCAUAUUUCCACUACCAUUCAGAGAAAUCAACUUAAUGAAGGGCAAAAAACUCAGUCUUUCAGAUCUUCUUACAUUCUUUUUCCCUGAAACAAUAGAAAUGGAAAUAUCCAGUGACGAAUAUAAAGUGUUGUUCAUCUUUGAUGGUCUGGAUGAGUGUCGUCUGUCUCUGGACUUUAGGAGUGAAGUGAAACUGUGUAAUAUAUCUGAAUCAGCCUCAGUGGACGUGCUGCUGAUUAACCUCAUUGUGGGGAAUCUGCUUCCCUCUGCUCUCAUCUGGAUCACCUCCAGACCAGCAGCAGCUGAUCUCAUUCCCUCUGAGUGUGUCCAUCGAGUGACAGAGGUACGAGGCUUCAAUGAGCCACAGAAGGAGGAAUUCUUCAGGAAGAGAAUCAGUGAUCAGAGUCUGGCCACCAGAAUCAUCUCACACCUGAAGUCAUCAAGGAGCCUCUACAUCAUGUGUCACAUCCAAGUGUUCUGCUGGAUCUCAGCCGCUGUUCUAGAAAAGAUGUUGAGUCAAGCAGAGAGUGGAGAGAUUCCCAAGACCCUCACUCAAAUGUACACACACUUCCUGAUCCUUCAGACCAACAUCAAACAUGAGAAGGACUAUGACGAGAACGUGACAGAUGAAGACAUGAUCUUUAAACUGGGGAAACUGGCUUUUCAGCAGCUUCUGAAAGGAAAUCUGAUAUUCUAUGAUGAAGACCUGAGAGAGAGUGGCAUUGAUAUGACAGAAGCAUCAGUGUACUCAGGAUUGUGCACUCAGAUCUUCAGAGAGGAGUUGGGCUUGUAUCAGGGUAAAGUCUUCUGCUUUGUUCAUCUGAGCCUUCAGGAACAUCUAGCAGCUCUAUAUGUGCACCUCUCCUUUACAAUCAACAACAUCAAUGUGUUUGACCAAACCAAACCAAGUUUUUUGUCUAAGAUUUUUAACCAGAAGAAAUCUAAUUCAUUAUCUGAGCUGCAUCAGAGAGCUGUGGAUGAGGCUUUACAGAGUAAGAAUGGACAUCUGGAUCUUUUCCUGCAGUUUCUUCUGGGUCUCUCAGUGGAGUCCAAUCAGACUCUCUUACGAAAACUACUGACACAGACAGGAAACUGCUCCUACAACACAGAGGAAACAGUUCAGUACAUCAAACAGAAAAUAAGGAAGAAUCGCUCUACUGAAAAAUCCAUCAAUCUGUUCCACUGUCUGAAUGAACUGGGUGAUGAUUCGCAUGAGGAGAUCCAAGAUUAUCUGAAAUCUGGAAAAAUAAGAAAAUCCAAACUUUCCUUUUCACAGUGGUCAGCUCUGGUUUAUGUGUUGCUGACAUCAGAGCAGAAGAUGGAUGUUUUUGAUCUAAAACAGUUUAUUGGAAAACAACAUAAACCAGAUGAAGUUCUUCAGUAUUUGUUACCUGUGGUUAAAGAAUCCAGAUCAGUUCAGCUAUGUGGAUGUAAUCUCACUGCACAGUCCUGUGAAAGUUUUUGUUCAGCUCUGCAAUCCUCAAACAUCCUGAGAGAGCUGGACCUGAGUAACAGUGACCUACAGGAUUCUGGAGUGAAGCAUCUUACCGAUGGACUGAAGAGUCCAACCUGUCAGCUGGAGAUUCUGAGAUUGUCUGGCUGUAUGGUGACAGAGAAGGGCUGUCGUUAUGUGUUUUCAGCUCUAAGUUCAAACCCCUCACACCUGAGAGAGCUGGAUCUGAACUACAAUCACCCAGGAGAUUCAGGAGUCAAACUACUUACUGAAAAACUGUUGGAUUCAACCUGCUCACUGGACAAACUCAAUGUGGAUCAUGGAGGAGAAUCCAGGAUUACAGCAGGAAUAAAGAAAUAUGCCUGUUUUCUCACACUGGAUCCAAACAUAGCAUACACUGAACUAAUUCUGUCUGAGGAAAACAGAAAGGUGAAAUAUGCAAGGAAUCAGUUGUAUCCUGAUCAUCCAGACAGAUUUGAUUAUUAUCCUCAGCUGUUGUGUAGAGAGAGUGUGUGUGGACGCUGUUACUGGGAGAUUGAGUGGAGUGGACGUGUGUGUAUAUCAGUGUCAUAUAAGAGCAUCAGCAGGAAGGGAGACAGUGAUGAGUGUUUGUUUGGAUAUAAUGAUCAAUCCUGGGGUUUGUUCUGCUCUGCUGACAGUUAUUCAUUCAUGCACAAUAAGAUACAGACUGAUCUCCCUGUGAAGCCCAACAGUCGUAGAAUAGGAGUGUUUGAUGAUUAUAUCAGGAGAAUCGGAGUGUAUGUGGAUGUGAGUGCAGGAACUCUGUCCUUCUACAGCGUCUCUGACACAAUGAGUCUCAUCCACACAGUCCAGACCACAUUCACUCAGACGCUCUAUCCUGGGUUUAGUGUUGAUUAUUGGUCAUCAGUGAAACUGUGUUAAGAAAUCAGAAUAGACUGAUGAGAGAUUGUACCCAUAAUGCUUUGAGCUGCAUGAUAAAUCAGUAACAGUGAGAUGUUCUGGAGUCUCUUCAUGACAUUAAUACUGCAGCCCAACUUCUGUCACUCAAAUAACAGUCAAAAUAUAUAUGUGUCAGAAAUCACUGUAUAGUCAGUAAGAUCAGUCUAUAUGUGUCUAUAUUUGUGAUUGUGAUUUUGUGAUUGUUGUCUCAUCAAUCAUUUGUUUUAUUAGUGUCAAAAUGUAAAAAUGUCACAAUCAUGACUGAUGAAGAACAUGUAAUUUAUUUCUGUCUUGUUUUUGUACAGAAAUAAUAAAACACAAUCUCAACAAAUCAAGUUGAGAUCAGAUUUUAAUUGAUGUUUGUAUCAUGAAUAUAAUCGAUUCCUCACAAGACUGAAAUGAGUUUCUGACAUUAUAAAAUAUGACAUUAAUCACAGCAUUUCAUAAAAUAUAUAAUUUUAACUACCGUAAAGGUUUAUU